AAUAUCACGUGACAUUUGACUGACUAUUUGAAUGUUUGAACCGAUUGUUUGAAACAUUUUAAAGCAUUGAAUGACUGUUCACUCUAUUGAUGUAUUAGUCAUACAUUCAACUCUUAUAUUGAAGACAUUCACACCAUUUGUUUGUUGUUCACAACAGAAGACUCUUUAGUUACCAUCGAUUAUGUCAACAGAAAAUAGACGACCAAUUAAUGGACCAAAUGGUGAUAAUAUAGUGUCAGAAUCGGGAAGAUUAGCGGCCACUAAACGAUUACAAAAGGAAUUAAUGGAUUUUGUGCUAAACUCUGACCAAUCAAUCACUGCCUUUCCCGACGGCGACAAUCUAUUCAGAUGGAUGGCAACAAUUACGGGACCGAAAGAUACAGUUUUUGACGGAUUGAAGUUUAAGUUGUUGUUAACAUUUUCACCGAAAUAUCCGUUUAGCGCACCAUUUGUUGUCUUUCUUAACCAUUGUUUUCAUCCAAAUAUAAGCAGUGAUGGAGACAUCUGUUUAGAUAUACUAAAGGACAAAUGGACAGCACUUUAUGACGUCCGCACUGUUCUUAUAUCAAUUCAAUCACUUCUUGGUGAACCAAAUUUGGACAGUCCUUUAGAUACAUUAGCCGCAGACAAGUGGGGGUCACAGGAUUACCGUCAAUUAGUUGUUCAAAAGUAUCGGCAAUCAGUCAACAAUACAAACAAAUCCAAAUGACAAACAAAGACUAGUUUUAUAUUUAAGACUUAAUUUUAUUUAUAUUUCAUGUAUAAGUCACUCAUCACUUAGUUUCUCUCAUUUUUCAAUAAUUAAUAAUUUUUCAAAUUAAUACAAUUAUUAAAUAAAAUUUAUUUAUA